AUGUCAAUUUCAUGUAAAUUGUAAACACUACGCUUUAUUGAUUCCUUCCUGUUGAUUCUAUUAAAAAUGUCUUUUAAUAAAGUUGAUGUUUAUAUUUAUUUGAAACGUUUCGAUUUUUCAGAAAAUCCUACCGCUGAAUUUAAACGAAUUCAACUCAAUAAAGAUUUGGAAUACACGAAAUUAAAACAAGAACUCGAAAACUUACUAGAAAUCGAUUUAAGUGAAAAGAAAGUGAUUAAAAUUCGGAAUAAAGAUGGUGUUUUAAUCCCGUUGGGGGAUUUGCAAAAAGGGAAUGAUUUUGAUAAUCCAUUUUAUGUGGAGAUCUUAAAUAUACACCAUACAGUUCCAUUGGCUAAAAACAAUGCGAAUUUAUUACAAGAUGCUUACUUAGAUGCAAUUCGCCAAAAAAUCAAAUCGAUGGAAUCGAGAGUAUCUCAAGCUGAACUUCUUAUUCCUCAACUUCAAUGGAGAAGACAAGCUCACAUGGAUGAAACUGUAAACACUUUAAGUAAUCGUGUGGCUUUUUUGAAUCGUCGAAUUGAUGAGCUCACCCCUGUUGAAUGGAAAUCGAAAAUCCCAGAAACAAUUUCUUAAUUUCACAAUGUACGUUAAUUAAUGAUUAAAAGAAAUAUUUAAAAUUAA